AUGGGUACAGGCAAGAAGGAGGCCUCACGUAAAGUGAGGCAGGGCAAGGUGAAUGAUGGCAUGGGGAACGUCAAGCUGAAGGGUGAAAAUUUCUAUCGCGAUGCGAAGAAAAUAAAAACCCUGAACAUGUUCAAAGAUGGAAAGGCCCGACGCAAUGCAGCCGGAGACAUCACUGUCGCUGCCUCUUACCAGUCCAGAGAUGCUCCCGUCGCUCGCAUUGAGCCCAACAGGAAAUGGUUCGGAAAUACUCGUGUCAUCUCGCAGGAAGCUCUGACUUCCUUCCGCGAAGCUGUCGCUGAGCGAGCCUCUGAUCCCUACCAGGUGCUGCUGAAGACCAACAAGCUCCCAAUGAGUCUCAUUCGGGAUAACACCAAUGGUGUGAACGGUCUCAAGCAGCACCAGGCUAAGAUGGAGAUCGAGAACAAUCCCUUCAACGACACUUUCGGCCCCAAGGCCCAGCGGAAGCGUGUCAAGCUGGGAGUGACUUCUCUGGAGGACCUUGCCGGUGAGACUGCCAAAGUGCACGACUCCUACCUGGAGAAGAACGACCAGGGAACCCACGAGGACGGAACACCCAUCGUUGCCAGUGAUGUUGGUGCAGUGGAAGACACUGUCUUCACUACUGCUCGCGAGGCUGUUUUCUCAAAAGGGCAAAGCAAGCGUAUCUGGAACGAGCUUUACAAGGUCAUUGACUCCUCUGAUGUUGUCAUUCAUGUUCUGGACGCCCGUGAUCCGAUCGGUACCCGCUGCCGCAGUGUUGAAAAAUACAUUCGUGAAGAAGCACCUCACAAGCACCUCAUCUUUGUGCUGAACAAAACUGACCUCGUCCCGACGGGUGUUGCUGCUGCCUGGGUUCGUCACCUUUCCAAGGACUAUCCGACUCUGGCUUUCCACGCCUCUAUCAACAACUCCUUCGGCAAGGGAUCUCUGAUUCAGCUUCUCCGUCAGUUCUCUGCACUUCACUCAGAUCGCAAGCAGAUUUCUGUCGGCUUGAUCGGUUAUCCCAACACAGGUAAAUCGUCUAUCAUAAACACACUUCGCAAGAAGAAGGUCUGCACUGUUGCCCCUAUUCCUGGUGAGACCAAGGUGUGGCAGUACGUUACUCUCAUGAAACGUAUUUACCUCAUUGACUGCCCCGGUGUUGUGCCCCCAAACCAAAACGACACGGAGGAAGAUAUCUUGCUGCGUGGUGUCUGCCGUGUUGAGAACGUUGAGAAUCCUGAACAAUACAUUCCGGCCAUCUUGCGUCGUGUACAGCCUCGUCACCUUGAGCGCACCUAUGGCAUCAAGGACUGCAAGGAUGCCAUUGACUUCCUCAGUCGACUGGCUCGCAAGGGUGGUCGUCUGUUAAGAGGAGGCGAGCCUGAUCUGGAUGGUGUUGCCAAGAUGGUCAUCAACGAUUUCCUGCGAGGCAAGGUCCCUUGGUAUACCCCUCCUCCUAAGGGCACCAGUGACGGUACCGAGAAGAUUGAGGGCCGUGAAGGCCGUCUGGGUGAGAUGGGCCGCAAGCGCAAGCUUGACGAGGCAGCGUCGGAGCCGUCUGUGGAGAAGGCCGAAUCAUCCGAGUCCCAGCCCGAUGGCGAGUUCGGAGGGUUCGAUGAUAACGAUGACGAUGAUGACGACUCGAUUGCAAACCUCGAGGUUAGUGAUGUCGAAAGUGGCGAGGAGGACUGA